AUGGCUCCCUUUCUCGAACUCGCCGCUCUAGCUCUUACAUUAUUUACGCCAGCAAUUGCAUACACGGAAAAGCCUUCCAUCUUCAGCUUCUCCGCGGCUGGUACCGGUUUGCAGCUUGGCGGAGCAAACCUAGCUCCCGAGAUCAGAGUCGCCCCCAAUGACCUACCCGGUGUGAAGCGAGUUGCCAACGAUCUGGCCCUGGAUUUUGGACGGGUGUUGGGUGUCAACGGAACAGUGGUGGUGGCAGAUUGGAGCUCGACUAUUUCCCAGAAAUGGACGAAACCAAUCAUCUUGGUGGGAACUGUCGGGCAGUCGAGUCUCAUCGACAAUCUGGGGAGCACCAAGAAAUUCGACACAGUCUCCAUUGCCAACAAGUGGGAAACAUUCGCCUACCAAGUCGUUCAGUCACCAUGGGAAGGGAGCAGCUCUGUAUUUGUCAUUGCCGGCUCGGACCUGCGCGGUACCGCAUACGGUGUGUACGACGUCUCGGAGAAAAUAGGGGUAUCGCCUUGGCACUACUGGGCUGAUGUUCCGGCCAAGAAGAAGCAAUACAUCUGGGCCAACAGCGACGCUUACACUGAAGGACCGCCCUCUGUCAGAUAUCGAGGCAUCUUCCUCAACGAUGAAUCGCCAGGCUUGACAGGCUGGGGCAGGACCAAGUUCACUCCAAGCCAAUAUGGAAGCCCUUUCGUCCUCGACUUUUACAAGCUCAUCUUCGAACUGAUCCUCCGGAUGAAAGGCAAUUAUCUUUGGCCAGCGAUGUGGUCCAGCAUGUUCUACCUCGAUGACACCAGGAACGGACCAACGGCAACUGAGUAUGGCAUCUUCGUGGGAACAAGUCACCACGAGCCGAUGGCCCGGGCUGACAAAGAGCAAGGAAGAUUUCUGAGGGGCUCUUGGGAUUGGAGAAGCAACAAGGCUGGCGUCCAAGCUUUUAUGCAAGAAGGUCCGACAAGGGCAAAGAACUGGAGCACGAUCUACACUGUGGAUUCCACAUGCUUGGAUGAUGUACAAGGUUCGUUGACCCGUUCCAUUAUCUGUUUUCUGUUCAAAACUAUGUCUGACAUCACACAGGAAGUACCUGGCUAUUGGCAAAAAGGCAUGAAAGUUUCAGACGAUGUGACAAUUGUGUGGAGUGAUGAUAAUAGAGGAAACAUUCGUCGGGUCCCCAUCGGUAACGAAGGAAACAGGGUGGGAGGUACUGGCAUGUACUAUCACUUCGACUAUGUCGGUGAUCCACGAAACUACAAGUGGAUCAACACUAUCCAACUUCAAAAGACGUGGGAGCAAAUGACACUUGCUUACGACAGCGGCGUUGACAAGCUAUGGAUUGCCAAUGUUGGAGAUCUCAAAGGAUUGUUGCCAACUGCCCACUUUAUGGCUAUGGCUUGGGAUCGAAAAGCGUUCACUGACCUCGACAGUACCAAGAAGUGGCUCGGUGUGUGGGGUGCGCGGCAAUGGGGUGAACUUGCUGGAGAUACCACUGCUUCCAUCAUGACAAGAUACGGCAAGCUCACAGCACGGAUGAAGUAUGAGGAUCUCAGCAGGACACCCUUUGCCUUCGAUACCAUCAGCUACGACGAAGCCGAGCUGAAUUUCAACGAAUGGACUUCUCUGCUCAAGAAUGCGCAAGCCGUCCAUGAUGCCCUGCCAAGUGACGUUAGGACGUCGUUCUGGGAAGUGGUCCUGCAUCCCAUCGUGGCUGGCAGAGGUGUCUAUGAAAUUUACACCAAGGUUGCUCUUGCUGGCACGUACAGAGGUCAGCAUCGCGUCAGCGCGAACAAAUUGCUCAGGGACGUGCAAGCUGCAUUUUCUGCCGACCAGGCCAUCACCAGGCAGUACCACAGCAUCCUGAGCGGCAAAUGGAACAAUGUCAUGGCUCAGACUCACAUCGGUUACAACAACUGGCAGGAACCAGCCUCGAAUUCUCUUCCGGGAUUGACUUGGCUCACGACACAAGCAAAGAAUGCGCUCAUGGGUGUUGCGGUGCAAGGCAGCUCGGGCGCAUUCCCAGGCUCUGCAUCGCUCACGCUGCCUGCAGCCAGUCCAUACAUGGCACCUUCAGAUCAACGCUGGCUUGAUGUCUUUGCCCGUGACAACGGGACGUUCAGCUACCGGAUCACAUCCAACGCUUCUUUUGUCAGUGUGACAAACGCUCAGAAUACCAUCUCGACGACCUCGGGAACAACGGACAUUCGUUCCCUCAUCUCGGUCGAUUGGUCAAAGGCCCCAGUUGGAAACACUGCAGCUUCUUUGAGCAUCGCGAAUCUCAACGCCACCGGCACAAUGGCCACAGUUAUCCUGCCCAUCCAGAACAACAAUGUGCCAGAUGACUUCAAAGGCCACGUCGAAGCCAACAAUGUCGUGUCUAUCGAAGCCGAGCACUUUGCCCCUCCGCCCGCAUCAUCAUCGGCUUACCUCGUCAUCCCCGAUUACGGCCGUACCCUCUCAGGCGUUAAGCUCCCGCCCAAGACUCCUUCGCAACAAGCAGGCAAGGGACAUGUCCUUUCUUACCCCUUUUACACCUUCAGCACUGCUACUGCUGCGACGUUGACAGUAUACCUUGCCCCAUCUGAGAACGCGAAUCCCAACAGCCCAAACAAGUAUACCUUUGGCAUUGACGGCGGCAGCCAGACGACAGUUCAAACUGUGGGAAUGACAGACGGGAGCACUCAACCCCAAGGAUGGUCAGACGCCGUGGUGAAGGGGUCCUAUGUCAAGACGAACAAUAUCGGUAGAUUGAACCCUGGGAAGCACGAGUUGAAGGUCUGGCUUCUGGAGCCGACCAUGGUGAUUACCAAGGUGGUGAUUGACGUGGGUGGGUUGAAGUCGAGUUUGAUGGGCCCUCCGGAGAGUGCUCAAGUCUGA